UUUUUGCUGUUGUUGCUGUGGCCUGAGUACGGAGGGCUUUGAAAAGCUUACGUGAUUCCAUCAUGGUCCAAAAUUUGAGAGAUACUUUGACAGAGAUAUGCUAAGACCAUAUGCUGCUGUAAUUGAGGGUAAAAUCUGGCCCUGUGAUUCCUGGAGGUGAUGGAUCAAGAGCAGGGUGUCUUUACCCUGGGUGCACAUUGCUAUCAACAGGGAAGAUUUUUUUUUCAAAAAAUGUUAUUUUGAAAUAAGAAACGAGUGCAAAGAUCGUACAGAAAUGUCCUGUAUAUCCUUCACCCAGAUUCCCUAAUGUUGGCAUCUCACAUAACCCUGGGACAUGCGUAAAAACUAAGAAAUCAGCAAUGGUACAGUACUAUUAACUAAAUGAAACAUUUUAUUCAGAUCUUCCCAGAUUUCCACCAGUGCCCCACUUUUUUUUCUGUCCCAGGGUUCAGUCUAGCAUCUCUUAUUGCAUUUGUCCUGUCUUCUUGGUUUCUUCCAACCUGCAUUAGUUUCUUAGUCUUCCCUUGGUUUUUUUAAGAUUUUGACAUUAUUGAAGGGUACUGAUCAGGUGUUUGGUAGAAUGUUCUUUAUUUCAGUUUGUCUAAUGGUUUUUCAUAGACCUUGGCUGUGGAUUUUUGGGAAGAAUAUCAUGGGGGUGAGAUGCUCUUAUUAUGGCAUCACAGAAAGGGGUUCUGUGAUCUCAGCAUGACCCGUUACUGAUGAUGCUUACUUUGAUCACUUGGUUAAAGUGGUGUCUGCCAGAUUUCCCCACUGUUAAGUUACUGUUUGUCCUUUUCCAUGUUCUAUUCAAUAGGAGUGGGUGGCUAAGUCCAGCCCACACUGUAGGAGAUGGGGAGUGCCAGCUGUUUUUAUUCCUAUCAUUUCAAUUUGUUUCAUCCUCAUGGCUUUAUUAUCACCUCACUACUUCUUAGAGAUAUGGUUGUAAUGAGCUAGACUUGCCCAAAGUUACUCAGCUAUAAAUGGUAAAGCUAGAAUUUGAACUUAUAUCUGUCUGGCUUCAAAGGCCACGUUCUUUCCACUUCAUGUUAUUGUCACCAAGUAAAGAGGAUCUCACAGUCUCCAAGGUGGAAGCUCCCUCUCAGCUUGUCUGGAUGGUGUUUUUCAAAUCCAUCCUUGGAGUGUGACCCAUCAGUGGGUCAUGAGAAGAUGAAUGUUGAAGUCUUGGAACCCUGGGAAUGAACCUGGAAAAAUUCAAAAUAUGGUCGUCUUAGGCAAGUUUCCUUGUCCGGCUCAGCUGCUGAGACCAUACAUCUGGACCCUCAGUGCCCCGGCAGCAGCUCUGUGCAGACAGGAUGAAGUACAGGCUUAGGUCAAGCAAUCAGCAAUCAAAAUCCACACUCCCACCCAUGAGUGGCUGUUCAACCUUGAACAUGUUACUUUUUAUGUUAAUGAAACCCGGUUUUCUAGUCCUAUAAAUUUGGGGCUAUCAUCAACCAUUAAGUUAUAUUAAACCCAAUGCCACACAGGCAAGUACCUAGCAGUAUCCAAAGGCCCAAAAAAUGACACUUUUUCAUCUUUUCUCUUCCCUCCAAUUAAAAGACUAGUGGAAUAUCCGCAACUACUUUGACCAAAAGCCAGAAGACAGCCAGUUUGAGCGUAGCUGUUACAGCUUUGUGUUCUAAACCUAAGAAAUGGGGACCCCUCACACGAGAGUGGGGAGGCUUCUGGAUAUGCUACAAAUUCCAUCUCAUUUUCAUGGACUCAAGUGUUAAUUAAUAAAAUCUCAAGGUUCUCCUCCCUCUUUCCCCUCACAUUUCUUCAGAGAAACGAAGAGUUCAAACUCACAGCCCAAGCGCUCAGGUUUUAAAUUAGACAACUUUGUCCUGACAGGAACCAAGUCACAGCUGUCAUACCUGAUUACUUUUAGAGUUACUACUAAACCCUUUGUAUGGCAUGAGCUGCCACUGUUCAAGGCAAACAGAAAGACUUCACAUUUUAUCAUGACAGCCCUGGAGCUAUCCACCUCCCUAUGUUCAUUAUUCUCAGCCUGUCUUUGGAAGGGAUGAUGUGGCAUCCUGACAAUCGUAUAGUGAAGAAAGCAGACCCCAUGGCCUGUCACUACAGCCUAGGGAUUUUAAGCCCCCAAAGUGCAGCAAAACCCACUGCCUCCAGAAAGCCAAAGAAAAUUAUUUCUGGGGGACAUAGCUGCCUCAUAGCCUUCUAUGAAUGAACCAUCAUCUUUCAUGAGAGGCAACCAUUGACCCUUAAGUAACCAACCAAUAAGAACACCCGUACACAAAUGCCCACAGGUGUUGGCUGGGAUUGGCUGGCUUGUGGAUGAUGUCACAGUUUCCCUCCUCUGACUCAACAAUGCCAUCACCACUGAAAAGGCUGAGCCCUGACUGCAGCUCUUGCAGACAGAAAAAUUCACCGCAAGCAGAGCACCUUCUAGAUUGCUCCUGGAGUGUGGGGACAACAGUCUCUCCUGUUCAAGUUACUGAAUCCAGAAAAAAGAUGAACUUAUGAACAUGGGAAAAGAAAUCCAGCUAAAGCCUAAGGCAAAUGUCUCUUCUUACAUCCACUUUUUGCUGAAUUACAGAAACAAAUUCAAGGAGCAGCAGCCAAAUACCUACGUUGGCUUUAAAGAGUUCUCUAGAAAGUGUUCGGAAAAAUGGAGAUCCAUCUCAAAGCAUGAAAAGGCCAAAUAUGAAGCCCUGGCCAAACUCGACAAAGCCCGAUACCAGGAAGAAAUGAUGAAUUACGUUGGCAAGAGGAAGAAACGGAGAAAGCGGGAUCCCCAGGCACCCAGACGGCCUCCAUCAUCCUUCCUACUCUUCUGCCAAGACCACUAUGCUCAGCUGAAGAGGGAGAACCCGAGCUGGUCGGUGGUGCAGGUGGCCAAGGCCACAGGGAAGAUGUGGUCAGCAACGACAGACCUGGAGAAGCACCCUUAUGAGCAGAGAGCGGCUCUCCUGAGAGCUAAGUACUUCGAGGAACUUGAACUCUACCGUAAACAACGGAAACAAUGUAAUGCCAGAAAGAAGUACCGAAUGUCAGCUAGAAAGCGGUGCAGAGGGAAAAGAGUCAGGCAGAGCUGAUGGAUCCAGUUUGAAAAAAUAAAAUGCCAUUCAA